AUGGCCUAUGCUGAGGAAGACAGAAAUAGCUACGAGGUGUACAAGGAGGCAGCAGACUGGCUGCGUGCCCGAGCUGCCCAGCAGCCCAGGAUCGCCCUCGUCUGCGGCUCUGGGCUGGGAGGUCUGGCUGAUGUGUUGGAGAACAGGACAGUCUUCCCCUAUGAGGACAUCCCUCACUUCCCACGGAGCUCAGUGUCAGGGCAUGUUGGCAGAUUGGUGUUUGGGGAGCUGAAUGGACAGCCCUGCGUGUGCAUGCAGGGACGUUUCCACUCCUACGAAGGCUACUCUCUCAGCAUGAUCACCUUUCCCAUCAGGGUGUUCUUUCUCCUGGGGGUGGAGAUCUUGAUUGUCACAAAUACUGCUGGAGGACUGAAUCCCCACUUCCAAGUGGGGGACAUCAUGUUCAUAAGGGAUCACAUCAGCUUCUUUGGCUUGGGAGGGCAGAAUCCCCUGCGUGGGCCAAAUGAUGAGCGGUUUGGAGUGAGGUUUCCCUGCAUGUCAGAUGCUUAUGAACAAGAUCUGCUUGGGCUGGCAAUGGAGAGUGCCCAGGAGCUGGGGUUCCUGAGCUUCACCAGGGACGGAGUGUACUGCAUGCAGGCUGGGCCCUGCUACGAGACCAUCGCCGAGUGCCGCCUGCUGCAGGCGCUGGGAGCUGAUGCUGUGGGCAUGAGCACUGUCCCAGAGGUAAUUGUGGCCAGGCAUUGUGGCCUCCGAGUCCUUGGGAUCUCCCUCAUCACCAACAAAUCGGUGAUGAGCUACAGCAGCCAAGAGAAAGCCAACCACGAGGAAGUGCUGCGCAUCUCGGUGGUCCGGGCUGAAGCCCUGCAGAAACUGGUCACCCACCUCCUUGGGAAGCUGGGGGAAAGCACAAACUCUCUAUGACCUCCAGCCAUUAAUCCUGCAUAUCAUAACGUGUGUGAACACUACCAAGUGCUGGGGGAGAGCUGUUGGUGGGACUGUCCCCUUCUCUCCCAAUUUUAAAUAGACCUUUUGAUCUUUGUGCUUUAUCUGAUUAGGUGCAGAGGUUCAGUUUGAAUUUUGCCAGGAUGAUCCCCUCAUUAAUAGCUGGUGACCAAAACAGCUUACUGGCACUUCAACAUUCUGGCACAUUCCCAAACCCCAGUGUCAACAGAGCCCCAGAGACUGUGACCUCCAGCUGUCUCUCUUGGGACACCCUCCUGCCCCAAGUCUCUGCUCCCCACUGCACAUGAGCCAGGUCAAGAGCUGGUCAUGGGGCUUGGUGCCUGCUGGGCCUGCUUUGGUAGGGCCUGCUCUGAAACCAGUGGAAGCCCAGGAAAAAAAUGAGUUUUGGAUACAUGAAAUGGGCCAGGAUAAAAAUGAGAUCUGCCUGGAACAAGCAAUGGUGCAGAGCAGGUGAAUCACAAUUGAUUUUACAGCUUGGAAAACCACUGCAUUGCCAGGGAAAGUCAUUGUGUGACUUCCCCUCCCAGAAGGGCCACUCUUUCCUCACCCUUGGCACCUCAUGACCAGCUGCAGAGCAGCACAUCCCCAGCACUCCUCACACCUCUCUAUUUUGUUUUAUUGCCCAAUUUAGCAGGACAUGAAAAUUCAGCUCAGUACAAGGCAUGGCUUACCUGUGCACCAUGUAAACAUUGCCAAGCUGGAAGCAGAAUCCAGGUCCAUGUCUCCCUGGUUUUGAUCAGUUUCUGGAUGUCUUGGAGAUCAGUGGCUUCAGCACUGCAGACUGGUCUCCUGUUGGUGCCCAAAGACAGAGAGAUCUGUUCGAUCCCAUGUUUCACAUGAGCUUUGCUGCUGUCCCUGCAGCAGAUUUUGGAGCACCAAUGGUUUGUGGAUUUUAACAAUGUGAAAUUACAGGGGAAAUAUUUUGAAACAGGUAUGAUAUUUUUCUGACACUUUCUUGGUCCUCUUACAUAAAGCAAAUGAACCAAACCAAAUGAUUAAAGGACAAACAGGAGAGGUUGUCCCUUCCCAGUGUGUUUAUGGUCUGUCAAGAAAGGGGGAACAUUCACCAGAAUGGUGCAUUAUUCAUUGUUCCUCAAAGGUCAAGCUGAGCUGGGGAUGCAGCUGGAUGUGAAACAGUGACAGUAAUUAUUAGAUAACCUUUUUCCCUUCAUUUAUCUUGUAGUUCUCUAUAAAGCCCAUCACUGUCAUAGCUUAAUGUUUUUAGUUGACUCAGUGGUCUGAACUGAAGACACCCAACCAGUCAUGGAGAGCUCCCAACCUGCCUUCCUAAAUUUAGCUGACCAGUUGUUUACCAUUGACACUUGCCCUCCGUCACAGCCUUCAGCCUUCCAUGACAUUUCUUCCAUUUUUUUCCAGAUGGGUAUUUGCUUGAAGCCUUUCAUGCUGCAGUUACU